AUAAUUUAAAAAAAUUUUUUAGAAAGAGUGUAAUUAUCCUAAUAGAAGUUAAUUUAUUUUCUGCACUGUUUUUAGAAAAUAACCUCUGACCUUUAAUAUGGAAUUUAAUCAGUAUCUGCCAGUUUCAACAGUAGCACCGCAGCCUAAGGAAACAGUGUGAGUGUGCCUUUGCUUCAGGUCAAAGGACGCCGGGCACAAUAACAGAGAGAGCUUUUAACUUCACUCACUAGAGGGUGACCUCAUCUGAGCACGUCCUGGUCAGCAUGCCAACCUCCACCCCCUCCUAAAAAGGUGGUAAACGCAAGCAACUUUCUUGGGCGUGUGAAAGGACAAACCGGGGACAAUAAUCCUGCCAGCUCCGAGCCCGAAAUUCGACAGCCGACUAUACGGCAGAUCUUACUGUAGGGAGAGUCAUGAGCCCGAAUUAAGUUGAAAGAAAAGAAAAAGGAAUGGAAAGGAAGAAAAGAAAAGAAAAGGAGAAGAGAAAAAACAGAAAAGAAAAAAAAAGAGAGACAAAGAAUAGGCAACGGCUCCGGCCCAAAGUCCCAACUCUGCCUGGUCACGUGCCCGCGCGCCCAACUUUCUGGUCCGAUGCUGCUCCCAGGCCCUGUACUUUUGGUUCCGCCCGCCGGCUGUCGGCUACUACCCCGGCGCAUUUCCGGCCGUGGUGGGACAGUCUGCGGAAAGUAGGGCACUUCGCGCCCACCGACCAUGCCCGCGGGCGUGUCCUGGGCCACCUACUUGAAAAUGUUCGCCGCCAGCCUCCUGGCCAUGUGCGCCGGGGCCGAAGUGGUGCACAGGUACUACCGGCCGGACCUGAAUGUAAUCUCCAUGAAGGGACUGGACCUGCGUCGUUCACCCUUGUAUCUCAGUCACCUAGGAAAGAGCUUAGAAUGUAGUAAAUGCUCAAUAAAUAUUUGAUGAUUGAAGAAUGAGGGAAUAUAGGCAUUCAAAAGAGGGAGAAACUUACAUUAAUUUUAAUAAGCCUUCAUUGAGUUAGAACUGGGAAUUACAGGUGCUUUUGAAGACUUCUGGUCUGGUGGAGGUGGAGGCAAGGAAGCACAGCGAAAGAAUGACAAAUGUGUGCUAGGUAUUAUGCUACAGGUGUGAAUAGAGUUGUUUGGAGCACCGCAUAGGGAACGGUCAUUUCUGCCCGGACUCUGGACAGGUAACACAGAGAACCAACCAUUUGUGUUUCUAGUUUUAGUGAAUUGACAACGACGGUUUUGGAGGUAUUCUUGUUUUCAGAGGAGGAAACAGGUUCAGAAGAGUGAACAUGAUUUCCCAAGAUCACAUAGCUUACUGAGGAUUUGAAGCCCAAGCUUUCUGUUUAGUGUUUCUCUUUUUGGAUCCUGUUAAUAAAGUAGUAUAACACCAACGUACAACAUUCAGCUUGAAUUCAGGCAUGUAGAUGAGAAUGUGCAAAUCCCUCCUUCCCAUUUACUAAAACCCCCUUUCCCCAGUCUGCUCCCCACACGUCUACCAUUUUUUGAUUAGUGUCUACUUGCAGACUUUUACUGUUGUUGAAAUAAGCACACACACAGAGUUUAUAUGUAAAUAGGCAUUCAUAUACACAAUUCUCUGUAACUUGCUUGUUUCGGUUAAAAUCUAUAUGAAUACACACAUGUUUAUAUCAAUAGCCUUUUUUCUUUCUGACCAUUGAAUAGCAUUUCCUUAUAUGGUUGUUCCAUAUAUUAUUUAAUCAAUCCCCUAGUGACAUUUUGGUGGUACCUAGUUUUUGUACAAACAAUGCUGACGUAGCUCUUUCUUACCACCAUAGACUUCUCCUUUGAGUUCUGGGGAUGCAUCAAGGAUACUUAGUGGAGACCAAAAGGUGUAAGAACCUUCCACAGAAAUGCAAUUGAGUCAUUAAUUCAUGAGGAAUUGACAUCAGGCAGGCAUCACAGAGGAAGGAAUGCCUGUUAUUUGACCCUGGGGAAUUGACCAAAAAAUUGCCCUUUGAUUCACUCUUCUCAUUAUAAGUGGGAGUAUGCAAGGUUGCUGCUCGGACCUUGAGAAGAGGCAGCAUGAAACCACAAUCUCUAGAAGGACCAUACUGAAGCGUCUCAGGCCACUUCAUCCUGAUUGGGUGAUGACAUAAGCAGUAGGGUACCUCUCUAGGGACUUGACAACAGCUAGGGCUGGCCAGCUAUGUGUAGGAUGCUGGAUGCUUUACUAACAUUUAAAGGAUUUGUGUUCUUUACCUGCGUCUGUUGGUGCUGUUCUGGCAAUGACUCACUGUUGUAACAACCUCUGGCCUUUAUAGGGGUCUUUCAGUCUUUACAGCUGGAAGGUCUGGGUGGAGCCCAGAGCAGAAGACACCUUGAUGGCUGCCUAGAGCAGGUGCUUAGUACUGUCUUAAGCGAGCAGCAUCAAGGAUGCUUUUUCGAGUUGUGCAGCUCAGCUCCUCAGAAUAGGAAUGGAGGCAAGGAUGCAAGGCGGACACUCUGUCCUGGGAUACAAAGCGUGCUUUUGCUUGAGCUUUUCUUUGCAGUUUCAUUUACUUUUGCAUUACUUUUGCUGGUUCUGUUUUCCUUAAUUUAUAAUCUAUUAUCAAAACAAUGGGUGGUCAAAAAAAUGCAGUCUCAGGACUCAUGUUAAAGUGUUCAUUUUUGGUUUCUCCAGACACAACCAUAUACACACAAACUGCUAUUUAGAACGUCUGCUGACAUUGUUUUUUUUUAAUUAAAAAAGAAAAAUUUUUUUAACAUUUAUUCAUUUUUUGAGAGAGAGAGAGAGAGAGAGAGAGAGAGAGCAUGAAUGGGGAAGGGGCAGAGAGAGGGAGACACAGAAUCCUAAGCAGGCUCCAGGCUCUGAGCUGUCAGCACGGAGCCCGACGCAGGGCUCGAACCCAUGAACUGUGAGAUCAUGACCUGAGCAGAAGUUGGAUGCUCAACCAACUGAGCCACCCAGGCGCCCCAACAUUGUUAAAUUUUGAUGUCAGUAAACUUUUUAGUCUUUUAAAAGUUAUAUACUAUGUAUAUAUAUAAAUAUAUAAUAUAUAAAAAUCUAUAUUAUAUAUAUUACCUAUCUUGUAAAGAAAAGUGCUGUCUUUCUUUUAAUAAAAGUUGAAUUGUCA